GCCUCUCGGGGGAAACGAGUAGCCACUGAACACUCAGAUCAGCGGUGGAGUGGCACUCGCCGUUUUUUAAAUCCGGUUCUUCAACUCGUUCACAUGUCACCGACCAAACAGCGGCAGCGGCAGCGGUUGCGGCAAAUCGUCAUACCGCCGAAACCGUUCAUUCGGACCCAACGAGAACCCUUCUCUGUAAUCAAGUUAUCGGCGAAAACAGAAGACGAUGAGUUCAUCGCUGAUUGUAUUCACGCUGCUCAAGGCGUUGAUGAACGUCGCCUGUCGGCCCUGCGAGAAGAAAUCGCCGAUUAUGAUCCGCAUAAAAUCGGCGUCGUCGAUAGCGCCUUUUUGCAACGGAUUUUGUCUGAGAGGCUCAAAUUAAACUUUACACAGCCAAAUCAUUUGGCAAAAUUCGUGAAAAUAUUCGCCGUCGACCGACACAUACCCCGGCUGAUAUUCUACGAACGUCUGUUGUCUCAACUGGAAGACAUAAAGCUGUUGCUCAAGAAGAGUGUUAAGGGAACUUCUGUCAUGCUGCAGCCAGAAAAUUCAAGCUCGUCUCCAGUGAGCUCAACGAAGGACGCAAAACUGUGCGAGGACAUCGCAAAGAUGCUCUGGAACGCAGGCCGUUCGUCAGCAGACCUCGAAGCGGUCAAAUUCUACUUAUUAAACGUAGACUAUUUUCACUCAGGAGUCUUGAGCGAGCAACAAAUCAUCAGAGCACUUCAACACUUUCGGCUGAUCGCCCCCUUCGAACAACUGCUGCCCAAACUGCUAGCCCGCUGCCAGUUGCAAGGUGAUUUGCGAUACAAGUGA